AUGAUUAUCAACAAUUACGAACUAGGACGGGAGGGCGCUCCCAACACAGAUCCGCAAACAUCUCUUGGAGUAACUAUUAUUCCUAUGUUGUCAAUGAUAUCUCCAACAUUGGCUGAACAAAGCCCCAACGUAGCCUGUGUGAAACGAAAGAUCAACAUGUCACCUCCGAACGGUUCCUUCCAGCUAUGUUUCGAAUCCCUGUGUCAAAUCUUUAAUGAGGACACAAAGAGCCUAACAUGCACAUUACCGAUAUCUUCCCAUCAAGUAGAGAUUGGACUUACAAUGCUACGCAACCACAGCAUAGAGAAACUGGGGACAGCACGCAAUCAACCAGGCUUUUGCGAUCAUCUCUAA